UAAUCCUGUUUAUUUUGUCCUGAGUGGCACAGACGAGCAUUGGCCACAGCGAUACAAAAUCACAUGUAUUCGCUUUAAGACCCAAGCGGACGUCACAGCUAGGAGCACAUCGUCCACUAUGGAAACUUUAGCCGUCAUUUAAUUGCCGGCAGAAUAUUAUAACAACGGUGGGAUUCAAGCCGCAAACUGUGGGUUUUGGGCAAACGAGGUGAAGGUUUUUCGUUUGACCGGGCAACAGUUUAGAAAAUGUACAAGACACAAAACAAAGAUCUUGGCGAGACUGCACGCAUGCGUACUCUAAGCGGUUGCCCUCUUUGUGGUUGCUCGCCAUAACAUCCAGUCAGCUGCUCGUACAGAAACCUGUUCAUUCCCACCUCAUACGCUGAAGACAGAAUGCCGAUCAUAAGCAAUGCCAACCACGACUUCAGCACCUACUCGAUAAGCACUGAUGACAGUAGCCUCGACCGAUUCUUCACUGAGAUCCCCGAGACAGAGACCAUCAAGGGAGUAUAUUUUCAGCAGGCCCAGUUACUGCGUGACCCCAAGGCCUCUUAUGUGGUUGAUCACACUCUUCAGGUUCUCAUCAACGUCGGGGGCAAUCGAUACACCUUCCCCUGGAGCACGUUGGAGAAAUUUCCCCAGAGUCGCCUGGGACGCCUGCGCUUCUGCACCACGCCGGAAGAGAUCGCGCACCUCUGUGACGACUAUGACGAGACAUGCAAGGAAUACUUUUUUGACCGCAACCCGACUGCUUUCCGGGUCAUCCUUAACUUCCUUGCAGCGGGAAAGCUGCGUCUGCUGCGGGAACUGUGCGCCGUAUCCCUGCACGACGAGCUCGACUACUGGGGCGUCGAUCCGGGUCAUAUGGAGCGGUGCUGCCGCCGUCGCAUGAUCACCCGUGUGGACGAGGUGGCAGAGCGAGACCGCAAGGAAGAGGAGUGGAGACAAAAGAGGAUGAUUCUGAAGAAAAGCCCAGCAGAAAUGGAGAGAGGCUACCGCAAGCUGAUCUGGAUGCUACGUGAAGUGGUGGAAAACCCUCACUCUGGGCUGGCGGGGAAGAUAUUUGCCUGCCUCUCGGUCAUCAUGGUGCUUGUCACUGUGAUCAGCCUGUGUAUCAGCACCAUGCCAGAUCUCAGAGAUGAAGAAACUAGGGGCGAGUGCUCCCAGAAGUGCCGCAGCAUGUUUGUGGUGGAAUCCAUCUGCGUAGCCUGGUUCACUUUAGAAUUUAUGCUGCGAUUCAUAAACGCCCAGAGCAAGCUGGCCUUUGCUCGUGGUCCCCUCAACAUAAUAGAUGCUAUCGCCAUCCUGCCAUACUACGUGUCCCUGGUGGUGGAUGUCGGAGAUGAUUCUCGGGAGGAAGCCAUCAUGGGAGCUGGCAGAGGCUACCUGGACAAAUUAAGUCUCAUUCUUCGCCUCCUGCGAGCACUGCGCAUCCUGUAUGUGAUGAGGCUGGCGCGUCACUCCUUAGGCCUGCAGACACUGGGACUGACCAUGCAACGGAGCAUGAGGGAGUUUGGCCUCUUGCUGCUGUUUGUGUGCGUGGCCGUCACUCUCUACUCACCCUUGGUGCACCUUGCAGAGAGCGAGCUCGCGCCGUACGCUGCCACUCAUCCACAACACAGCUUCAGCAGCAUUCCGGCUACGUACUGGUGGGCAAUCAUCUCUAUGACAACAGUCGGCUAUGGAGACAUGGUUCCGCGCAGCAUACCCGGACAGAUGGUGGCAUUGACUAGUAUCCUGAGUGGAAUACUCAUCAUGGCCUUUCCAGCCACUUCAAUCUUCCAUACCUUCUCUCGCUCCUAUCAGGAAUUAAAGCAGGACUAUGAGAGGAUUUCCAAGGAGGAGCGAGGCGAGGAAAUGGCAGAGGAGUUGGAGCAGAGGGGCUCCAGAGCAAAUAAGCUCACAUCUCUUUGCACAGUUGGUCACAUCGAUGGAGGGACAGACAGAGAUAAUAACGCUACUCUUCCAUGUACAGCUUUCUAGGAACCUAAGGAGGGGAACGAUUUAAAAAAAGGUUGCAGUUGUUUUGA